GAAGUCUGAACUUUUUCUUAAAACUUAUUUCAGACUUAUUUUCAAACUGAAAGCAUGCAUAUGAACACAGGACUGAGUUAUCAUGCUUUAGUGAAUUACGUAAUUUUUCAGCAAUAGCAUCUCGAAAAUUUUCGAUAGGUGAAAAAUUAAGGAACUUCCAAGUAGUUUCUAUCAACAGUUUCAUUGUCGUUUUAAUUCAGAGGGAAAUUUUUUGAGAAAUUAGAAUUCUGCUUAGCAUUCUCUGUUUAUACGAGCUCACUAUCAUUGGUUAUGGUUAAUGACCUCUCACAAACCGAAGUUUGAGCAACCUUCUAUUUGAUGGUACGAGACAGGUCUAUCAAUCAUUCAAAAGACACUAUUGAUCUUCGACACACAACAGUUUUAAUUAUAGAACAAAAACUAUAUCCAACCAACUGUCCCAGAAGCAAAUCCUUAUUUGGAUCUUGUGAUUUUGCUCAUUUAGAAUUCCUAGGUUUAAAAUAUUUUCUGAAACCUCCAAUUAAAUUGAACCUUUCAUAAAAGGCACUGUCUUUAGUUUUACAAAUUUAAAUUAUUACCAGCCGCCAGUUCUUUUCCUAUCUACCACUCUCAAAACUAAUUGCCGUAAUCGGACUCAAUUAAUUUGAGACUUUCAGGUCCAAACUCUUAUAGUAAUAAACAACAAUCAAAACAGACGCUUUUGUAGUCCACACCCGUCUAGUUGAAACUAUUGACAAUAACAUAGAAAAACGACUUGUAAAGAUAUCAAAUUCAGUCAACUUUCAUUCAAACAUACGUCACACUUCAAUACAUUCAACUUCAUACCGCCACAAAAACAACUCGAGAGUAUAAGACAUCGUGUAUUAACUACUUUUUAACUAAAUUUAAAUGAUUCAACGUAGUUGAACAUCUAAACGAUCAACAACAGCUAGUUCCAAUAUCCUCUUAGCUGCAUUUUGACUCAAGUAUCUGUAGUAUCACCAAGAACCAUGUCCAAAUUUUUAGCUCUUUCCUCUGCAAUUCUGCUUGUUAUUUACUUCACCUUACCACUCUUUCUUCAUCAAGCCAAUAGGCUACUAAUUAGCCUAGCAACAGACAACAAUCCAGACUACUUAGCAACUACUUGCGAACUAGCCAAAAGCAGAGGCUACGACUGUGAAACUCACUCCAUAACAACAGAAGACGGUUACAUAAUCGACACCCAACGAGUAAGUAACAAAACAGUUACAGCCACACACCAAACCAGCCAAGGAGUAGCUCUACUUAUGCAUGGAUUCGAAUGCGAUUCAACAAUCUGGGUACAAAAUUUCCAGAACCAAUCGCUGGCUUACAUAUUAGCGGACGAAAAUAUCGAUGUUUGGCUAGGGAAUAUCCGCGGAAAUUUCUAUGGCGAACGUCAUGUAAAGUUUAGCAGCGCUUCCGAUCCGGAUUUCUGGGACUUUUCAUUCCAAGAAAUGGCCCAGUUUGACCUUCCCGCGACCGUUAACUACAUCCUCGAAACAACCGGAUACGAAAAAAUAUACUACGUGGGACAUUCUCAAGGAACCCUAAUGGCUUUUCUUCAAAUGUCCGAAGACGAAACUCUUCAGGAUAAAAUCGAAUUCGCUUUCAUGCUCACUCCGGUCUACACACUAACAAGCAUGAUAACUCCAAUUCGAUAUGCCUUAGACUUAGUGUACCAACUCGGUUUCUACAUUGGUCCUUACGUUCCCUCCAUGCGAUUAGGCCCUGCGCCUCCAUUGGAUUUUGUAAUCUGGUCCUAUAUGUACCCCUUACCCAGCUAUUACGUCACAGAGUUUAUCUGGCAAGCGUUUUCCGGGGACAGUGACCACGCUUUACACAGAAACCAUUCUCAAAUGGUUGCUUACUUUGCGCAUGGAUUAGCAGGAACAUCAGUACACAACGUUCGCCACUUUGCUCAAAUUUACAAAGAGCAGAAACUUGCUAAAUUCAAUUACCAAAAUGACAAACUAAACUUGCUACACUAUAACUCUACACAGCCACCUGAGUACAACAUUGGGAAAAUAAACAGAAAAGUCACUAAAGAAAACAGUCAUAUAGAUAGAAACAGAACCAAGUUUGCUUUGUUUUGGGGUGACAGGGAUUGGAUGGUCACGAAACACGAUAGAAUGAAGCUUCAGUCAAUUUUGGGCGAUGUUAUUGUCUACAGUAAGAUAUGUGAAAACUUUUCUCACCUGGAUUUCAUCUGGGGUUUGCGUGCUAAUGAGUGUGCCUACUUCAAAAUAAGCGAUAUGGUUAGAUCACACCGCAGACAGAAAAUAACCUCACAAUCAAAACCGGAUAUUAGUGCUACUAACUAGCAACUUUUAGUAUAAGAAAUUUAACCCAUUUUUUAGUGUUUAAUAUUUUAUUAAAUGAUGAUUACUAUGCAGUAUUUUUGUGUCUGAUUGUCCAUUAUAUUUUCAAGUAUAUUACUUCAUUUAAUUUGAUUUUGUCUCUCUGGCUGAGGUAAUUAACGAGCUUCAG